AUGGCGCUGAGACCACAGGCAGCUCCUGGCUUAGCCCUGCUGCUCUGGGCCCUGUGCAGGACUGCUGUGACUGUCACCACGCCUGAGGCUGUGCCAAGGGAGCACCAGGGACAUUGCUACCAGCUUGCCCAGGAAAGACUAGCCUUUGAGGAUGCCCAGGCUGCCUGCGGACGAUGGGGAGGGUACUUGGCACAGGUCCCUUGUGAGGAGACAGGGACGUGGGGUGCUCUGAGAAGGAGGAGGGGGCAGAUGAGGGGGUCCUCUGGGGGCUGGUGGGUCUCCAAGGGCCCUACCAAGCCUGUGGUGGCAGGAGCCCAGCCUCAUCUGCAUGGGGCUCACCAUCAGCCCCCCACCUGCACCUUCCUCUCCAACCUGGGUCUGCUGCAGGAGGCCACCGGGCCCACAUGCCGCCAGAGGCAUCCUUUCAUCUGUGAAUUUGGUCCUGUGGAGGGAGGUGAAUGCCCAAGCAAAGUGGCCAGGAGUGCCAACAGCUCCAGGCCUUGGCAAAAACAGAAGUCUCAGCUGGAUCUGACCUCCAUGGGGCGGAGGCCACAAAGGCUCAUGCGGCGGCAUCUGGGUGAUAAGCAGAAGUACCCAGAGACAUCAGCAAUCUGGGAGGCCUUGCAGGAUGUUGUUCCCAGGACCUGGCAGCAGGAGCUGCUCCAGCGACUGACACUCCCAGUGAACAAUGGUGCCUGGAGUGCCUCUGAGCUGGAAGAGGAGGUGGGGUUUCUUCAGGCUGUCAGUGAAGACCUGCUGAAAAGGAGGCCUCCAGCCUCUCCACACUGGCACCUCCUCAGCCUCCUGGCAGUCCACGGCACCAGCCGGCUCCUGCAGGUCAUUCUGGGCCCCUGCUCACCCAAUGUCAACAUCCAGCAUGAGGCCCUGACUGGCCCCCUGAUGCAGAUCCUUCACAAGCUGGAGCAAGCUCUUCAGGAACUAGGGGGCAGCAGUGAUGCCAUCACCAUGGAGACGCCUCUCAUCAGCAUCUAUACACACAGGGUGAACUCUUCCAGGCUGGGCAAUAUGGCGUUCUCCUUCCCUGGCAAGCCAUGGGCAGCCAGAGUCAUUUUGCCAGAGCAGUCUGCGCUGGGCGCCGUCAUGCCACAGGAUAUCCCAGUGGAUGUGCAGAUGGUGAGCUUCCUGGGCAGCCCCUUUCCCCUGAGCUCUGGGCAAGGGGUCACAGGAGCUGUAGCUGAACUGAACCUCCUUUCGGAGGGCAGCCAGAUCAGCGUUAGCAACCUGAGCACCCCUGUCCAGAUUUUCCUGCCCCGGGUUGUGCCUACAGCCCCUGCCGAGCCAGCUGCUUUCCUCUCUCCGGGGGAGGCCCUCCUUCUGACUGUGAACGUGACGUGGACAGGGGGAUCCCUGAUGAUCCAUGCUCACCUAGACCCUGUGGGGCCUCUAGAGCUCUUCCUGCAGCCGAGCGAGCAGCUCCGGGAGCCCAUUGAGCCCAACGUCGGCCUGGAUGGCUACACUUGGCUAGUGAAGGAGGAAGUUCUUCGUGACCUGAGAGGAACCCUUCAGUUCCUGGUGGUGCCACUGAACCUCUCUGCCAGCCAGGGUCCUGCCACCUUACAUGUCAGCACCUAUGGGAUCCAGUGCAUCUCCCGGCACCUGCCUGAUGCCCAGUGGCGAGAGGCAGGCUGCAAAGUAGGAGAGAGCAGCAGCCUGGCGGAAGGCCACUGCCUCUGCACCCACCUCUCCUUCUUUGGCAGCAGCUUCUGGGUGGCGCCAGUCCAGCUGGACGUGGUGCGCACAGCAGAGUACUUUGGCCAGGUGCACAAGAAUCCAGUCCUGGUCAUGGCCCUCGGAGUCGUCUAUGCCCUCUACUUGGUGGGGGUGGCCUGGGCCCGCUGGUUGGACACACGCCCCCUGCUCCAGGUAAGGCCAGCCCUCCUGUCCGAUGAUGAUCCCUGUGCCCAGUAUGGCUACCUGCUCCAGAUCUUCCUGCAUGGGCAGCAGAAGGCCCCCGGAGGCAGCCCCUGUCAGGUCUGCAUCUGCCUCCAGGGAUCGUCUGGUGUCAGCAAGUCUCGGCGCCUGCCCCUGAAUGCCAGCCUCUUCCUCCUACGGGAGCCAUACCCACUGGGAGAGCUCCAGAGCAUUUGGUUGUGGCAGGAGCCCCACUCCGCCCCACAGCUGCCCUGGUCAGUCUGCCCAGAAGCUGCCUCUGCUGAACAUGCCAUAAUUCUCCCUCUCUCUGAAUGGGUUAUUCAGAGGUGGUUAUUGUGUCAGGGUGCCCAUCCUCAGGCAUCCGAGAAGAGGCGGGGCGAGGGGGGUCAGCACACCUGGCACUCAUCCAGCAGGGAAGCCUCUUGCCUCUGCCUGGCAGGACUUUCUUCCAAGUGGGGCACUAGGAGCACCAGCCUCCUGCCUGGCACUCACUACCCAUCCCCUUCCCUCAGGCAUAUCGCCCACAUCACAGUGCGAGACCUGCAGCAAAAUAGGAGGUUCCAUUUCUCUUGCCAGCCAUGGCUCGUCCCAGCAGCAGGGGCCCCACACAGCACUGCCAAGCAUUUCCUGGCAGCUCCACAGCACCAGCCAACAGCAUUCUGGCCCAUCUUCCGGCAAAGGACCCUGAGCGGUCUUCGGGAGGAGCACACAGUGCUGACAGUGCUGCUGACCCGGACAGGCCAUGGGCGGCCCGUCACGCGGGUCCAGGGCCUCUCCUGCUGCUUCUGCCUCCUCCUCUGCUCCGCCCUUGUCAGCCUCAUGUUCUGGGAGGUGCCCCACGAGUCACCAGAGCUCCUGCGUGUCGGCAGCUGCUUCUCCCUCUCCUGGAAGGACAUCAUGAUCAGUGUGGAGAGUGCCCUGAUUACCUUCCCCGUCAACUUGCUCCUUGUAUUCAUCUUCCGCCACGCUGAACCACGCAGGAGCCACGCAAGGCCCGGCCUGGCAAUGGCUGUGCCCAGUGCCCCUGCCAGCCCAACAACCCUGGACACUGUGCAUGAGAGCCUGCGAGGGGCAGUGGAGACGCUGAGCAAAGCCAGCAAGCAGAGCCAACAGCUGCUGCAUCCCGACAUGGACCUUGAGGAGCUUCUGCAGUGGCUGGCUCGUUUUAUCCACCCUGAUCCUGGGGAGGAAGAGGAGGCAGCAGGGAGGGAGCCCAAGAUCUCUAGUGUGGCGCCCAGCCCUAAUGCGCUGCACCAGACCUACUGCAACCGCUACCUCCUCCUGAAGCUGCAGCACAUCUCCCGUCUCCUGGGGGAGCUGGAGCUAGGAGUCCCGACAGCCAAGCACCCUCCAGCUCUGCAGCAGCGCGUGGAGGAGAUGGCCAGGCGUCUCGAGGAAGCCUACCCUGCAGAGCCUCCUCCUCAUGCCUUCCUCUUGCUCCUCCACAGCCGAAGGUGGCACUUGCCCUGGUGGGGCACCUGGGUGGGGUGGGCCCUGCUGGUCUCCCUCAGCGCAGUGGCCACCUUCUUCGCCUUGCUCUAUGGCUUCCACUAUGGGAAGGAGAGCACCGAACGCUGGCUCAUCUCCACUGCCAUCUCCAUGGGCCAGGCCCUCUUCGUCCUGCAGCCCCUCAAGGUGAUAAGCUUUGCCAUCUUCUGUGCCCUGAUACUGAAGAAAGCAGAGGAUGAAGAUGAGGCAGACCUGGACCUGGAAGACCGGCUGUGCUCCCUCCAGUGAUGGGAGGGCAUCUUUCUGCAAGGCCACCUUGGCUUUUCCCACGCCAUGUGCCCAAGACCUCCAAUCAGCCUCUCCAACAUGAUGUCACCCACACCUGUACAAAGGCCAGGACCAUCUCUCUGGAGGAACGGGAGGGCACAGCAUGGGAGGGAGACAGUGCAGCCCCAUUCUGUAACAUGCCAAUUGAGCCAACACUGAACCCACCAAGUGUUGAAAGAGUUGGGAUGCAACUCAGCUUGCUGAGGGUUUGCAUGAGGUUAAAGUGGAUAGAGAAGGGAACCUCCAAUAUUGUCUAACUGCCCUUUGAUCUCUGUGAUGACCUUUCCUUUAAUAUUAGACUGAUAUUCUUAGGGUUCCUGACAAUGACCAAACUUCCCGCUUCCCCCUCUUCCUUCUGAAGGAGAGAGGACAUCUAUGGAUGUAUCUCUGCCGAGAGUAAAGAGCAAACAUGACUCCCUUGUAGCUUCAAGAUUAAUUAGCUAAAACCAGGAACUCUUUUGUAUCCAAGUAUAUAUUUCUUAUAAUAAAUGCAGCUUUAUUAU